UCGAAACGUUACAGAUUUCUGUAUGCAAUUACAAUGAAAAGACUUAAAAAAGUGUUAAGGUUUAAUAAAGAGAAGAAAAAAGGUCAUUCAAGUGACAAUGCGAGCCAAAAUAACAGGUCUGUGCGACCAACAGCUCCUGAACCAGCACAAGGCGAUGGUCAAGAAAUUGCUUCUGAUUCCAAAAUCCAAGAAGCAGAUAAGGAUUUCAGGCUCCAAGAAACAGCUACUGUUUCGAAAAUCCAGGAUACAGCCACUGAUUCCAAAAUGCAAGAAUUAACAUCUGAUUCCAGGCUCCAAGAUACAGCUAGUGUUUCGGAGGUCAAAGAACCAGCUUUCAAUGCCAAGGUCCAAGAAACAGCCAUCGAUUCCAAGGUUCAGGAAGCGGCUUCGGAUUGUAACAUUCAAGAAAUGGCUUCACAUUCCAAAAUCCAAGAAGCAGACACCAAUUCCAAGGUCCAGGAAACAGAUACCGAUUGCAAGGUUGAAAAAACAACUUCUGAUUUCAAAGUCCAGGAAACCGCCAUUGAUUCAAAGAUCCAAGAAAUGGAUUCUGAUUCCAGGGACCAAGAUAUAACUACUGCUUUCAAGGUCCAGGAAACCGCUCCUGAUUUCACACACCACAAAACAGCUAUCGAUUCCAAGACCCAGGAAACAGUUACUGGUAGCAAGGUCCAACAAAUGGCUUCUGAUUCCAAAAUCCAAGAAUCAGACACCGAUUCCAAGGUCCAGGAAACAGCUACUGGGUGCAAAGUCCAAGAAAUGGAUUCUGAUUCCAAGGUCGAAAAACCAGCUACCGAUGCCACGGUCCCAGAAACAGCUACUGGGUGCCAAGUCCAAGAAAUGGAUUCUGAUUCCAAGGUCGAAGAACCAGCUACCGAUGCCACGGUCCCAGAAACAGCCACUGAUUCCAAGAUCUAUGAAACAGCUAUGGAUUGUAAGGUUCAAGAAAUGGCUUCUGAUUCCAAAAUCCAAGAAUCACACACCAAUUCCAAGGUCGAAGAACCAGCUACCGAUGCCACGGUCCCAGAAACAGCCACUGAUUCCAAGAUCCAUGAAACGGCUAUGGAUUGUAAGGUUCAAGAAAUGGCUUCUUAUUCUAAAAUCCAAGAACCAGACACCGAUUUCAAGGUCAUGGACACAGAUACUGAUCGCAAGGUCCAAGAAAUGGCUUCUGAUUCCAAUGUUGAAGAACCAAAUACCAAUGCCACGGUCCAAGAGACAGCCACCAAUGCCGAAGUCCAAGAAACUUCCACCGAUUGUAAGAUCCAGGAAAUAGCUACUGAUUGUAAAAUUCACGGAAUGGCUUCUGAUUCCAUGGUCGAAGAACCAGCUACCGAUGCCACGGUCGAAGAAACAGGAACCGAUUCCAAGAUCCAGGAAACAGCUACUGAUGGUAAGGUUCAAGAAAUGACUUCUGCUUCCAAACUCCAAGAAUCGGACACCGAUUCCAAGGUCCAAGAAACAGCCACUGAUUCCGAGGUGCAGGAAAGUGCUUCUGAUAGUAAGUUUCGUGAAAUGGCUUGUAAUUCCAAGAUCCAAGAAGCAGACACUCAUUUCAAGGUCCAGGAAACAGCUACUGAUUUCAAGGUCAAAGAACCAGCUACCGAUGCCAAGGUCCAAGAAACAGCUACCGAUUCCAAGAUUCAGGAAACAGCUACUGAAUGUAAGGUUCAAGAAAUGGAUUCUGAUUUCAAAGUCCAGGACACCGCCAUUGAUUCAAUGAUCCAAGAAAUGGGUUCUGAUUCCAGGGUCCAAGAUAUAACUACUGGUUCCAAGGUCCAGGAAACCGCUCCUGAUUUCACAGACCAAAAAACAGCUAUCGAUUCCAAGACCCAGGAAACAGUUGCUGAUAGGAAGGUCCAAGAAAUGGCUUCUGAUUCCAAAAUCCAAGAAUCGGACACCGAUUCCAAGGUCGCAGAACCAGCUACCGAUGCCACGGUCCCAGAAACAGCCACUGAUUCCAAGAUCAAGGAAACAGCUAUGGAUUGUAAGGUUCAAGAAAUGACUUCUGAUUCCAAAAUCCAAGAAUCGGACACCGAUUUCAAGGUCGCAGAACCAGCUACCGAUGCCACGGUCCCAGAAACAGCCACUGAUUCCAAGAUCAAGGAAACAGCUAUGGAUUGUAAGGUUCACGAAAUGACUUCUGAUUCUAAAAUCCAAGAACCAGACAUCAAUUUCAAGGUCAUGGACACAGAUACUGUUCACAAGGUCCAAGAAAUGGCUUCCGAUUCCAAUGUUGAAGGACCAGCUAUCAAUGCCAAGGUCCAAGAGACAGCCACCGAUGCCGAAGUCCAAAAAACCGCCACCGAUUGUAAGAUCCAGGAAACAGCUACUGAUGGUAAGCUUCAAGAAAUGACUUCUGCUUCCAAACUCCAAGAAGCAGACACCGAUUCCAAGGUCCAAGAAACAGUAUCUGAUUCCAGGGUCCAAGAUAUAACUACUGGUUCCAAGGUCCAGGAAACCGCUCCUGAUUUCACAGACCAAAAAAAAGCUAUCGAUUCCAAGACCCAGGAAACAGUUACUGAUAGGAAGGUCCAAGAAAUGGCUUCUGAUUCUACAAUCCAAGAACCAGACAUCAAUUUCAAGGUCAUGGACACAGAUACUGUUCACAAGGUCCAAGAAAUGGCUUCCGAUUCCAAUGUUGAAGAACCAGCUAUCAAUGCCAAGGUCCAAGAGACAGCCACCGAUGCCGAAGUCCAAAAAACCGCCACCGAUUGUAAGAUCCAGGUAAUAGCUACUGAUUGUAAUGUUCACGAAAUGGCUUCUGAUUCCAUGGUCGAAGAACCAGCUACGGAUGCCAAGGUCGAAGAAACAGCCACCGAUUCCAAGAUCCAGGAAACAGCUACUGAUUGUAAGGUUCAAGAAAUGACUUCUGCUUCCAAACUCCAAGAAGCAGACACCGAUUCCAAGGUCCAAGAAACAGCAUCUGAUUCCAGGUUCCAUGAUAUAGCUACUGAUUCAGAAGUCAAAGAAUCAGCUACCAAUGACACGGUUCAAGAAACAGCCACUGAUUCCGAGGUCCAGGAAAGUGCUUCUGAUAGUAAGUUUCGUGAAAUGCCUUCUAAUUCCAAGAUCCAAGAACCAGACACCCAUUUCAAGGUCCAGGAAACAGCUACUGAUUUCAAGGUCAUCGAACCAGCUACCGAUGCCACGGUCCUAGAAACAGCUACUGAUUCCAAGAUCCAGGAAACAGCUACUGAAUGUAAGGUUCAAGAAAUGGAUUCUGAUUUCAAAGUCGAAGAACCAGCUACCGAUGCCACGGUCCCUGAAACAGCUACGGAUUGUAAGGUUCAAGAAAUGGCUUCUGAUUCUAAAAUCCAAAAACCAGACACCAAUUUCAAGGUCAUGGACACAGAUACUGAUCGCAAGGUUCAAGAAAUGGCUUCCAGUUCCAAUGUUGAAGAACCAGCUAUCAAUGCCAAGGUCCAAGAGACAGCCACCGAUGCCGAGGUCCAAGAAACCGCCACUAUUUGCAAGAUCCAGGAAAUAGCUAUUGAUUGCAUGGUCCACAAAACGGCUUCUGAAUCGAAGGUCGAAGAAGUAGCUACCGAUGUGAAGGUCCAUGAAACAGCCACUGAUUGCAAGGUAAAAAAAAUGGCUUCUGAUUCCAAGGUCGAAGAACCAGCUACCAAUGCCGAGGUCCAAGAAACAGCCACCAAUUCCAAGAUCCAUGAAACAGCUACUGAUGGUAAGGUUCAAGAAAUGGCUUUUGGUACCAAACUCCAUGAAGCUGACACCAAUUCCAAGAACCAAGAAACAGCAUCUGAUUCCAGGUUCCAUGAUAUAGCUACUCAUUCAGAAGUCGAAGACCCAGCUACUAAUGACAAGGCCCAAGAAACAGCUAUUCAUAGCAGGGUCCUAGAAAUGGCGUCUGAUUCCAAUGUCGUAAAAACAGCCACCGAUGCCAAGGUCCAAGAAACGGCUACUAAUUGUACGGUUCAGUCAAGGGCUUCAGAGUUCAAAAUCCAAGAACCAGACACCGAUUUCAAGGUCCAAGAAACAGCUAUUAAUUGCAAGGUCCAAGAAAUUACUUCUGAUUCCAAACUCCAGGAAAUGGCCACUGAUUCGAAGAUCCAAAAAAUAACAUCUGAUUCCAGGCUCCAAGAUAUAGCUACCGACUCCAAGAUUAAAGAAACAGCUUCUGAUUUCACGGUCCAAGAAACAGCUGCUGAUCCCAUUGUUCAAGAAACUGCUGCUGAUCCCAUGGUUCAAGAAACAACUAUUGAUUCCAAGAUCCAAGAAACGGAUUCUGACUCCAAGGUGCAAGAAUCAGCUACUCAUUUCAAGGACCAGGAAACGGCUACUGAUUACAAGGACCAAAAACCAACUACUGAUUCUGAUUUCGAACCAGCUACCAAUGCCAAGGUACAAGAAAGAGCCACAGAUUCGAAGGCCCAGCAAACUGCUUCUGAUUGUAAGGUUCAAGAAAUGGAUUCUAAUUCCAAAAUGCAAGAAACAGAUAUCUAUUCCAAGGUCCAUGUAACAGCUAUUGAUUGCAAGAUCCAAGAAACAACUUCCAAUUCCAAAGUCCAGGAUACAGCUACUGGUUCCAAAGUCCAGGAUACAACCACUGAUUCCAAGAUCCAAGAAAUGGCUUCUGUUUUCAGGGUCCAAGAUAUAACUACUGAUUCAAAAGUCAAGGAAACAACUCCUGAUUUCACAGUCCAAGAAACAGCUUCUGAUUCCAAGGAUCAAGAAACAGUUACUGAUCCCAUGGUUCAAGAAACAGCUAUAGCUACUAAUUUUAAGGUCCAGGAACCAGCAACUCAUUACAUGGGCCAAGAAAUAGUUUCUGAUUCCAAGGACCAAGAAACGAUUACUGAUUGCAUGGUUCAAGAAACAGCUGUUGAUUCCAAGAUCCAAGAAAUUACUUCUGAUUCCUCAGUACAAGAACAAACUGCUAAAUCCAAGGUCUACGAAAUGGUUACUGAUCCAAAGGUUAAAAAAACAGCUACUAACUCCAACAUCCAAGAAACGAUUUUUGAUUACAAGAUCCAACAAACAGCUACUACUGAUUUCAAGGACAAGAAAAUGGCUUCUGGUUCUAAGGUCCAGGGAACGGCUACUAAUUAUAACAUUCAAGAAAUGGCUUCCGAUUCCAAGAUCCAAGAAACAGUGACUGAUUCCAAGGCCCAAGAAACAGUGAUUGAUUCCAAGGUGCAGGAAACGGCUGCUGAUUGUGUGGUUAAAGAAAUGGCUUCUGAUUCCAAAAUCCAAGAAGCAGACACCGAUUACAAGGUCCAAGAAAUGACUUAUUAUUCCAAAGUCCAGAUAACAGCCACUGAUAUAACUACUGAUUCAAAGGACAAAAAAACACCUAUUGAUUCCAAGAUCCAAGAAACAGCUCCUGGUUCCAUGGUGCAAGAAACAACUACUGAUUAUAAGGUUCAGGAACUGGCUUGUGAUUCGAAGAUCCAAGAAACAGACACUGAAACCAAUGUCCAGGAAGAAGCUACAGAUCGCAAGAUCCAAGAAAUGACUUCUGAUUCCAAGGUUCAGAAAACAACUACUAAUUGGAAGGUCCAUAAAAUGGUUUCUGAUUUCAAAAUCCAAGAAGCAGAUACCAAUACCAAGGUCCAAGAAUCGGCUACUUAUUGCAAGGUCAAAGAUACUGCUUCGGAUUCCAAAGUCCAGGAAACAGCUACUGAUUCCCAGAUCCAAGAAAUAGCAGCUGAUUCCAAGGUCCAAGAUAAUUUACAGGUAACGGUCGAGCAGACAACUAAAGAAGGUAUACCUACAUCAACCAAACAACCAGAAAAAUUGAAUUUCGCUAACAAGCUGCACCGUUAUAAGCAGAGACUGCAGACCUUGCUUUUUAAGACACAGAAGAUGAAGCAAAAUAGUUAUCAGCCUAAUACAGUCAAGACGCCAUUGGAAGAGAGACCACCUGCAGAGUCCGUGAAUAAUUUGGACAAACUGACCGCUGAUUAUAAAAACCAGCUGCGUGAUGCCUACUCCAGAUUCUACAGUGUUGCAACCAGGUACUGCGUCGAGCAAGUACCAUCUUUUGAAGAAUGGUGUUUAUCGGUUACAUCUGUAGAAAUGCAUCUGAAAAAAGAAAUGUUGGACAUUAAAGACUGCGGGACACAAGCACAGGUUCCGAAGAGUGCAUAUAACAGGCCAAAACAUUAUUUGCUGCUGGAAAGAGAAAAAAAGCGAAUCAGAAAAAAUCUGAAUGUCUGGAGCUUGGAUGAAUUUAACGCUGUCUCAUUCCAAGAAGAGUAUGAUAAAGUCUUCAAACAAAAAAAAGCCUGGUUGACGGACUACAUUCAAAAUCAAGCUGCUAAAGAGAAGUUCCGCAUGUUAGUUCAGCAUUCUGCUCCUGCCAGUGCCUGCAAGCAGUUGAAAAAUCCAUUGAUGGAAGCUUUAAGAAUCGAACAGCCAUUUACAGCAAGACAAAGUCAAAGAAGAAGUGACAUGGAUAUUUUUGCAAAACGAUCUUGGUAUAAUCAGAGACUAAUGGAAGAAGGUGAGUAGCAGCCUUAGAGAUAACACAACGAAGACGACAUCUAUGUGCCAGCUACUCAGAGAUCUUCAGAC